GUGCGCACGGCGCUUCGCCCCGCCCCACCGGCGCCCUAGCCUCCUGCCCGGCGUCUGCGGUGGGCUCCCGGGACUGAGGUGGAGCCCGAGGACGCCAGUCUUGCAGUGGCGCGGCCGCCCCCUCCCUGCGCGCGCGCCCCUAGCCGGCGUGGGCGUCGGAGGAAGCGGGAUACAGUAUUUGAUGAAAAAUCCAUGCUUAAAGAGUAAAAAUGGCAGGCUUCCUAGAUAAUUUUCGUUGGCCAGAAUGUGAAUGUAUUGACUGGAGUGAGAGAAGAAAUGCUGUGGCCUCUGUGGUGGCAGGUAUAUUGUUUUUUACAGGCUGGUGGAUAAUGAUUGAUGCAGCUGUGGUAUAUCCUAAGCCAGAACAGUUGAACCAUGCCUUUCACACAUGUGGCGUGUUUUCCACAUUGGCUUUCUUCAUGAUAAAUGCUGUAUCCAAUGCUCAGGUGAGAGGUGACAGCUAUGAAAGCGGCUGUUUAGGAAGAACAGGUGCUCGAGUUUGGCUUUUCAUUGGUUUCAUGUUGAUGUUUGGGUCACUUAUUGCUUCCAUGUGGAUUCUUUUUGGUGCAUAUGUUACGCAAAAUAUUGAUGUUUAUCCAGGACUAGCUGUGUUUUUUCAAAAUGCACUUAUAUUUUUUAGCACUCUGAUCUACAAAUUUGGAAGAACUGAAGAGCUGUGGACCUGAGAUCACUUCUUAAAUUACAUUUUCCUUUUGUUAUAUUUGAUAAGUUUUUAUCUCUCAGUACACAUUGCCAAAUGGAAUAGAUUGUACAUUAAGCGUUUUGUUUUACAUUUUUAUGCUCUGAGUUUUGACAUAGUUUUAUCAAAACUAUUUCUGUCCCUUACUUUUCAUUAAAUAGACUGUUAAUAUGUACAUAAUACAAGACUAUAUAGAUUGGAUGAUGAGUAUCAGUUUUUUAUUCCUGAGACUUAGAGCUUGAUCUGUUCCCUGAGCCAGGGUUGUAUCAUCAUGUCAUUUUAGAGGUAACCACUCUCUUUCAGUAUCUCUAAUUUCUGAAGAUGUGCAAAAAAUAUAGCUCUCUCUAUAUAUCUGGAAUAAGCACCGAGCCAUUAAAAAAAGGUAUUUCAGCAAGUUGUAAUUUAUUUUGGCCUAAAAUGAGAUUUUUUUAAAAGGAAAAAUGUUUGUUCUUAUGUAUUAAAGAAGUGGACUUUUAUAUGAAGAUUUUUUAAAUGCCCGAAGGACUAGUUUGAACGCCUCUUUUAAGAAUUCCUCUAAUAUGACUUUAUUUAAGAUGGGAUAAUACGUGAUCAAAUAAACUCAGUUUUUUAUGGUUAAUGUAAAAAGAGCGUAAGGCAGCUCAGCAACAUGCUUCUCAUAAAAGCAGCUUAAAUUAUCUACGGGGGUUAUCUUUUGACAGCUUGCCAUUAUCUGAUGUUACACAAUUCAAGAGCAAGCAAGUUUGAGACAACCACAGUUGAAAAGCAUGAACCAUAUAACAAAAAGUGGAAUAAUUAGUUUAAAGAUAAAGCACGUCUUCCCAAAGGAAAUUAUUACCACCUAGUGAAAAAUUAGGCAUUUCAUUCACGUAGUUACCAACUACAAGUCUCUCCUCGCUCUAGCUCUCAAGCUUUGGGUGAACGUUCCUGAUAAAUAUAUCUUCAACCAAUCAAAAACUUCUUUUACUGAGUUUGAAAUACUGUAUUUGCACUGUAUGUAUUCCUGUGGGCCUUGCUGUCCUUUGUUACACAGAUUUUGUGUUGCACUUUUUUACCUAGAGGAAUGUGUUAUAGAGCCUUUGUUGUAAGACAGAAUAAUAUCAUUGGUAGUAUAGGCAGCUUCUAAUGCAAGCCUUAUUUGGCACCACUCCUCUCUCGGAGAGGACUUCAUGGGCACAGAGUAUGAAGCAGUUGCGGAAUUCUGUGCCUUUGUCUAGAUACCACCUUGUUUGAUUACUUCUUUCUUUUCUUGUUUUUUCCUUACAAUGUCAGUAACCUGUGUCUUGCUUCCAACAAAUUGUAAGACCAAUUACUUGUUACCACUCUCAUAAUCUGUUGCAAUAAAUAUUACUUCUCACACA